AUGGAGGUCGAAGAUCCAGAGGCUGAGAAGAUUCUGGAGGAGAAGGACUGGGCGGAAGAAGAAGAGGAGGGGAACUACGGGGAUGAUGAUCUGAUGGAUGAGGAUGAUCUGUUGUUGGAAGAGGAAGAGGAUACGCUGGAGUCGGAAGCUACGAAGUCUAAGGAACCAAGGACCUCAGAAACACCUAGCUGGUGGAAAGGAAGCCCGGAGACAGAGUCUCCACAUGCCCUGAGAGGUUUGGAAGCUGAGAAAAAAGGAGGAAAGGGCCGCCUCAUCCGUACGCCGCCGACCAGAGCCAGGACUUCGACAUCGAGGAAGAAGGGAACUCCAAGCCCAAUUGCAGCUGGGCUUUCUCUAAAAAAAAGGAAUCUUCUGUUGGGCCGGGCCUCACCAAGAGCUGCAGCCUCAACAAAAACCACAAAUGGGCUUUCUCCUGGCCUUGCAUCCUCUUUGGACAGGACCUCCGUUCCAGGCCUGGAAAAACCGACAAAAGAGGCCUCCAAAAACCAAAUCAAAGCAACAAAGGCAUUCAUGAAAUCCCUCACAUGA